CCCCCGAGCACUCGUCCGGCUGCCGCCUGCGAGGAACAUGCCACCGUCACUUCGCCGUCCAGACCACCAUGUCCUUCUUCUCCUGGCCCUGCUGCUGCCCUCGCCGCUCCCGGCCCGCGCCCCUGCGGCCCCAGGCGCUGCCGCCGCUCUGCUCCAGGCCCUGGGGCUACGCGACACGCCCCAAGGCGCACCAAAGUCCCGGCCCGUACCGCCUGUCAUGUGGCGCCUCUUCCGCCGCCGGGACCCGCAGGAGGCCAGGACGAGCCCGCGACGGACAUCCCCGGGGGCCAUCCAGCGACCGUGCCACGUGGAGGAGCUGGGAGUCGCCGGGAACAUCGUGCGCCACAUCCUGGACCGCGGUGCGCGCGCCCGGACCCUGGGGCCCACUUCUCCCACGGGGCAGUGCACAGAGUGGACCGUAGUCUUCGACCUGUCAGCGGUGGAACCCGACGAGCUCCCGAGCCAUGCCCGCCUGGAGAUGCGUUUCGCGGAGGCAGAAGCGACGGCGGGGGCGGCGGGCGGCUGGGAGCUGAGCGUGGGACGAGAGGCCGAAGGCGAGGGCGCGGGGUCGGUGCUGCUCCGCCAGGCGGUGGCCACUCUGGGGACACCAGUGCGCGUCGAGCUGCUGGGCGCCGCCUGGGCCCGCAACGCCUCGGCGCCGCGCAGCCUCCGUCUGGUUCUGGCCCUGCGCCCCCGGGCCUUUGGCGCCUGCGCGAGCCUGAUCGAGGCCUCCCUGUUGCUGGUGACCCUCGACUCGCGCCUGUGCCACCCCCUGACCCGGCCGCGGCGCGAUGCCGAGCCCGCGGUGGGCCGCGGCCUCGGGGGCGCGUGUCGCGCGCGGCGACUCUACGUGAGUUUCCGCGAGGUGGGUUGGCACCGCUGGGUCAUCGCGCCGCGUGGCUUCCUGGCCAACUACUGCCAGGGUCAGUGCUCGCUGCCCGCCACACUGCCCGGGCCCGGCGGGCCGCCUGCGCUCAACCAUGCCGUGCUGCGCGCGCUCAUGCACUCGGCCGUUCCCAGCGCUACCGGCCUCCCCUGCUGUGUGCCCGCGCGCCUGUCGCCUAUCUCAGUGCUCUUUUUUGACAACAGCGACAACGUGGUCCUGCGGCACUAUGAGGACAUGGUGGUGGACGAAUGUGGCUGCCGCUGACGGAACAAGUGGGGCCCCAACAAUAAAUACUACGUGGUCCCAGAUAUUCAUCUUUGUCUUGUCACCCGGGGCUGGGGUAGGAAACUGCUGCAUCCCUCCGAUGGACACCAGGGUGGUGGGGGAAGGGGCGGUCCUACACUGAGGCCACCUGCCCUUAGAGCCCCAUCUCCAAGCAGCCCAUCAUAUAAGGGGAUGCUGGGAGCUGCACCCCCCACCCCCAUAGGCCCAGGGGCUGAUCACGA